AUGGAUUCACCAUCAGAGAAAAUGAGAUUGUGUAUCAAUGUAAAGGAGCUAAAUAAUGUCAAAACGGUAGGUAUUUGUGGGAUGGGUGGCAUUGAAAAAACAACUAUUGCUAGUGUCAUCUUCAAGGAAAUGCAAUGCCAAUUUGAGGGUAGUGCUUUUCUUGCGGAUGUUAGAGAAACUUCAAGAAAAUAUGGUUUGAUCACUUUACAAAGGCGACUUUUAUGUGCAACAUUGAUGGAAAGAGACAUAGAUGUGUACGAUGUGCACAAUGGAGUUUAUCACAUAAAAAAUAGGCUAUCUCGGAAGAAGGUUUUGGUCCUUCUUGAUGAUGUUGAUGAGUUGGAGCAAUUAGAAUUAUUAGUUGGAAAAAAAGAUGAAAACUGGUUUGGAGUUGGAAGUAGAAUCAUAAUAACGACAAGGGAUGAACAUUUGUUGAUCCAACAUGAAGUAGAUCAAAUAUAUAGGGUUGAAGAGUUAAAUCAUCAUGAAGCCCUUCAACUCUUUUGCUUGAAAGCCUUCAAGAAAGAUUGUCCACCACAAGAUUACAUGGAGCUAUCCAACAAAGCUGUAAACUAUGCAGGUGGCCUCCCAUUAGCGCUUAAUGUUUUGGGUUCCUCCUUGUAUGCUAGAUCUGUGAAAGAAUGGAGCAGUGCAUUGAAGAAGUUGAAAGAAAUUCCCAAUGAAAAAAUUCUAAAAUCCCAACCAUACCUUGCAAAUUACUCUUACAAACUUGAUAUGAACCUUUUACUUUGA